CAUGUGUUUGGGGGUUGAGACUGGACUGCAGAUUCAAGAAGCCCAACAGAUCAUCAGACAAGGAAGACAGCCACUAAAAGACGUCAGAGGUCAAUUCUUUCGGCCUGGCCCACCGCCUACUUUGAGCUGAGCCUCAAGUACCUUGGCCACUCAGACAGGCACACAGACACAACACACAGGUGUGGCAUCAACAAUUUAGUGAUGUGAGUGAGGCUUGAAACGAAAAAUAACCAACCAAUUUGAUGUCUUGGCCUUUACCAACCAGACCAAGCCAAUUUCCAUAGAAUAUCAUUGGAUCAAGGAGAAAGGAGCCGAAGUUGCUCAAUGAUCAUAGAUUUGUCUGUGGCUCUUGGCGGAAGUGGCUUUGUCAUCCUCCUCUACCUGAUCCAAGUCGUUGCCGUCAUUCAAAGCUUGGCAUCCAACCAAGAAAUCCCCGGAAAAUUUCCUGGCCAACCCUGUCACGUGGGUUGCGUAGGACGAAGACGAGGAAAUUAUUUCGGAUGCCUUUGGAGAAAGAGGAUCAAGGCAUAACCACCACACACCGCACGUGAAUAGUAGUGCUUCCAGAAACCGCAACCAGAAACCAAAGAGGAAUUAUUGGAAUCACCAAAAGAAAACCUUGUCACGAAAUUCGAAUCAAGGGGAAGAGAGAAAGAGAGGGAGAGAAGGUACAAUAUCUUGCGUCGAUCUUAUGAUCUCAUGGUGGCAAUAAUAGUCACCCACGCUAAAAGCGUCAAUGUUCCAAUGAUUUGGUGUGGUUUGGCGAUGAAAGGAAAAACAAAGUAGGAAAGGACUUACUUCAAUACAACAAUACCUACAUGACUGGGAAGGACCGCCAGCAAACCAACAAGCCAGCUAACCAUCGUCGAUAAGUUAUCUCAAGAGCUGAGUGGGAAUCCGUAAAUCUUCAAGGUGAAUUCCGCGUUGACGAGUGCACGUGUGCGUGUGUACAACUACUCAAGCAUUCAGUCCACAUCAUUAGUUGUCAAACCGAUUGAGUAGGAGUCGGAAUUAUGCGUGAGAAAACAUUCGAAAUCCCUCACUUGGAUUAAACGACAACCGCCAUGAGUCCUCCGAAGCAAUCGUCCCAGGGCCUUCCCAACCAUCAUCAGUACUAUCGGGACUAUCCUGAGCCAGUUGACUCAUCUUACCCAAGUUCGCCAAUUGAGAGAUAUUCUCAAGAUGUCAUCAUUGGCUUGGACAAUCAGAGCCAUUGUCAGACCCACGCCCAUCUACCACCCACUUCCUCCUUUGGAUUCGCUCACCACUUGCACGCCAAUCAUUCCCAACCGCCGGUUCGUCUUCAACGAACAGCCAGCAUGCAAUCCAAUGCAACUGGUACCAACCGCAGUAGCCUUCAAGGUUCCUCGUUAGAUUUCCAUAAUUUGUCCCAAGAUAGUGGCGUAAUUAGCCCAUCACCUCAUCCGUCAUCAUCCACGUUUUUGGGCAGUUUCGACCGAGGCGUAAAUAUUACACCGUCCCCCCAAAUUGGGGUCAAGCUCAAGUCAGAUGUGGGACAACAUUGUCCCACUCACCAGUUAGGCUUGCCCUUUCCUCCCGGUGAAUUUGGGCCUCCUCCGUUGCCUCCGAGGAAAGUGAACCCUGCUCAAUGGAUGGCCCGAAAUCCUGAUUCGCCAGGACCCAAUCGCGACUGGGACGAUUUGUCGCAAUUGGGACGAAACUCGUCGAGUUUCGGUUCCAAUAAAUCCGGUGCGAGCUCCUCUUGGCGCUCUCAUUUAAUGCAACGGGCGGAGAACCAACGACUCUCUCUAUUUGGGACAAGUGGAGGCUCCUCGAGCUCGGAUGAGACGGAGGACAUUGCGCACAAUGCCACCAUUGAGGCCUGCUACCCCAUCAACCGAGCUCAAUUGGAGCAAUGGCAUGGAUCGCCUCUCACGGUAAAGCCCGUGGGUGUGGACAAGCCUCCACCCCCGCCUCCCAGAGAUCCACGGAGACGGCUGCAAGUGAUUAGAGGUCCACCCCGGCCAAACGCGGCUCGGCCAGUUUCUUUCUCUUUUGAGACUCAGGAGAACAAUUGGAUCAAUAAUGAGAGGACGAAACAAAAUGAGAAUUUGAGUGAUCCCAGGAUACAACCUUGGCAGCGUUCCACAUCGGAGCAAAACAUCGCGCCCAUUGUUAUGCCCGUCAAUUCCAGUCCCCCGUUGCCCCCGUCCCAUUUUGGUGAUGAAUUCGACGUUCAACCUCGUAGUCGACGCCCGGUUCAGCUCCAAAAGUCUCUUCCACCCAAAACGGCCUUGGAUGAGUGCGAUAGGGCCAAUCAUUUUCACCGUAGUCAGCCGUCCCUGUUGAAUCUGCCACCAAUGCAAAAUCCUCCAGCAGAGUAUUGGAAAUCACCUCCUCCUAUGCAUUCGAUCAAUUAUCUAAUGCAUGAGAAAACAAGGAUGGUUUUGAGUGACCAAUCCAGAGAUGCCAGUCCCCAAAGGCCUUUGCGCAAGAAGCAAGCCAUGUCAGAAUCUAAAAAACGAGUGAUGCGAAGUCAAGACAGUGCGCUGCAUUCAAGUAGCUUGGUGGCCACCUCCUGCAGUUCCAUGGAGAAGUGCGGCAAAUCCAGUCCCAGCUCCAUCAGCUCGAGGGACUCGGGUUGCUCGGAAGCCAAGUCAGUGUCCAAUCGGGAAAGCCGCCCACUCUCGGCCGUGUGGGAAAAGCAUGAAUCCAACAUCGAUAAAGAGAACUCGCCGCCAGUCAAAGAGAUGUCACCCCCACGAUCGUUUGCCCACGACCCAGGUUUUAGUACCAAAAAUCGAAGAAGCAAAUUUCGAGAGGCAUUAAACGAGCUCGAGGACGUGAUAUCCGGUAUUCAGCAGGAUCAGGAUCUGCUCGAUCGAGCUGAGAGAAGAGACCUGCCAACGGCACAUCAGAUGCUGAUAGCUCAAGCCAGGGAAAGGUUCCAAGUUCCGAGCGAGGAGAACAGCCGCUUGGACGAUGAUUCUAAUGAGGCAUUUUCUGAUAUGGACAACUUUAUGAAUUGGAACACGUCCAGUUCUUUCGAGAACCUGCCCUCCCUAGGCGGAUCCCCAGCCCCUGUGAGACCCAGGAGUCGAACCCCCGCUUCGCGAAGGUCGGGGGUAAUUGACAAGAAGACUGACGAUAUGCUCUACAGAGUGAUUCGAUCCAACAAUCGUCCCAUUCCGGAGGUGGGUAAUCCAAUAUCUAAGGUCAAUUUUAGCUAUUUGGAGAACACCCCGGGAUUGAACCCAGCAACAAGCACCAAUGCAAGCUCGGUCUCAGAGUUCAGCUUCUAUCGGCCGGAGCCGGAUACCCACGUAGAUGAUGUUCAAUAUAGAAAAAUACGCCAUGCCAAUAGCAGCACCAUCACUGAUCCUCAGUCCAAAUUUGGCAUUCCCAAGGAAGAAGUUUUGCCUUGCUCAGAGCGGGAUUAUCUCCAUGCCGUUCCAAAUGACAAGAAAUACAGGUCAACCUUCAACGCCAUGAGGAACCCCGAUGUGGUCAAAGACGACCUCGCUUUCCGUAACCUACGCAAGGAUUCCAAUCUUAGUGAGCCCUCGGCAUUGGGGAUCGUCAAGGAUCCGAACGUGGACGAAAACGUGCAUAGCUGCUGGCUCCAUCGGCGCCUCGAGAGCGAAUACAAGGAUCAAGUGGAUCCCAACGAGAUGGCUCCAUAUGUGUUCUAUCCCAAGAAGAACCAAACGCUUUUGAAAGCCUUGUCCGAGCAUAUUGCUCAAGUGAUCCGAAAACAAAGUCAUUCCUCUUCAGCUCAAGGAGACCCCAAUGAAGUCGUCUUCAGCUACGAAGAUCUUCGGGAUCCAGAAAUCAUGAAGGCUGUGAAACAAUCCCUGGACAUCCAGGAAUCCGAAGAGGACAUUCUCCGUGAGGAGCAAGAGAAACUCGAAUGGAAAGGCAAGAAUGUGUUUGAUCUUCUGACAGCGAAUAUUGACGAAAUCCUUCAACGAAAGAGGCUCAAGAAUCAAAAUCAGCACAAUCCCAGUCACCCAACAAAAGGUGACCACCAUCCCGAACAAAGCAAUGAGGCAAGCCCUACGGGAAACAUAGACAUGCCCGAGGAAAGUUCAGGGUCAGUCCAAAUGCCAGAUGUGAUCGUUCAACAUUGCAUGUUGGAACAUUCUCCAGCUGUUCACGCCUGUUUCCAAACGAAAAUGGGCGAUUUCCCCAAAGAAGAUGGGGAUCAAAGUAAAUCGACCGAUGAGCACUUGAGCGAUUUGCCUUUGUCUUCACGUCUCACUUCCUUGAAGAAUAGCAAAGAACCGCCCAAGCUGAAGCUCUUGUCCUUGAUCGAAAACAUGCGGGAGAGCGAGAGGGAAAUGGAACGCGCCGCCUCUCUCAGCGAUGAUCUGACACAGGAGAGUGACAAAUUGGAACAAAAUCUCCCCGAUCCGAACACUCCUCAACUCGGGGAGGAUUCUGUGUCUCGCGGUCCUCAUGAAGAGGAUGAAGAGGACAAUGACCCCAGCAUUGACGAAGGCAAUCAGGCUUCAGAAAUGCUUUAACCCAUCCAUGCCUUCAUCCUCCUUCAGUGUGUGCGUUUUCCACUAUGAUCCAUUUGUACCUCCCUGAAGAAUCUUUCAAACCCGUUAAGCAUGCUUUGGCUAACCUCCUGUUGGAUCUCAUCCGAAUGAUCACAGAGCGUGUCCUUGAUAUUUUAAUGCCAAGCUAACAAAAUAAGCCGAUUUUAGACCUCAUAAUUGCAUCAGCAGUGAUAACUAACAAUACAAAGCUUGACAUGCAUUUGAAACUGUUCUUGUUCAAUCUCACGUGAAAAGAGCUUUUCCAAUGGUGGUCGCCCUAAAACUCUUGUGGAUUUAGAUAUUUUUGGGUUUCAAGCGGAAUGAAUGUAGAUUAUGUAUAGUUUGCGUCUUCAUAUGAUGGUCAUUCAAAUAUGAAACUAAAAG